AUGCCGAAGCAAAUCCACGAGAUCAAGGACUUCCUUCUGACAGCGAGAAGGAAGGAUGCUCGAUCUGUGAAGAUCAAGAGAAGCAAGGACAAUGUCAAGUUCAAGGUCAGGUGCUCUAGGUACCUCUACACGCUCUGCGUCUUCGACCAAGAGAAAGCCGACAAGCUUAAGCAGUCUCUUCCUCCAGGUUUGAGCGUUCAAGACCUUUGA